AUGUCUACUACGUUGUCUGCUGACUUCACUGCUCUGUUGAACGUUCCCAAACUCACCAUAGAUGGGAGCAACUGGCUGAUCUUUCGUUUCUGUCUUGAGAUCAGCAUCGAGUCCAAAGGAGUCUGGGGUCAUUUUGAUGGCACUUCUCCGUCGCCUCCAAACCCGCCUCCUAGUGGUGACGCUGCUGCCAUCACAGCACUCAAUGAGUGGCUGAAGAAAGAGAAGGAAGCUCAUCAUUACCUUGCUCAGAAACUCGAAGACUCGACACUCACCGAAUUGCUCCGUCUCACCUCUGUUGCGGAAAUGUGGACUGCUUUGAGUAGGCAAGUACACUGCUCUCAGUAG